AUGACCUCGCCUGUGAAGAAACCAGACAUCACCUCUCCAUUAAAGAAGCCAGUCAACAUCACCUCUCCAUUAAAGAAACCAGUCAACAUCACCUCUCCAUUAAAGAAGCCAGUCAACAUCACCUCUCCAUUAAAGAAACCAGUCAACAUCACCUCUCCAUUAAAGAAGCCAGUCAACAUCACCUCUCCAUUAAAGAAGCCAGUCAACAUCACCCCUCCUGUGAAGAAACCACUCAAAAUCACCUUUUCCGUGGAGAAACCAGCCAACAUCACCUCUCAUGUGAAAAAACUAGUCAACAUGACCUCUCCGAAACCAGUCAACAUCACCUCUCCGGUGAAGAAACCAGUCAACAUCACAUCUCCGGAGAAGAAACCAGUCAACAUCACCUCUCCGGUAAAGAAGCCAGUCAACAUCACCUCUGCAGUUAAGAAAGCAUUCAACAUCACCUCUGCUGUGAAGAAACCAGUCAACAUCAUCUCUCCGGUGAAGAAGCCAGUCAACAUCACCUCUGCAGUAAAGAAACCAGUCAACAUCACCUCUGUAGUAAAGAAACCAGUCAACAUCACCUCUCCGGUAAAGAAACCAGUCGACAUCACCUCUCCGGUAAAGAAACCAGUCAACAUCACCUCUGUAGUAAAGAAACCAGUCAACAUCACCUCUCCGGUAAAGAAACCAGUCAACAUCACCUAUCCGGAGAAGAAACCAGUCAACAUCACCUCUCCGGUGAAGAAACCAGUCAACAUCACCUCUCCGGUGAAGAAACCAGUCAACAUCACCUCUCCGGUGAAGAAACCAGUCAACAUCACCUCUCCGGUGAAGAAACCAGUCAACAUCACCUAUCCGGAGAAGAAACCAGUCAACAUCACCUCUCCGGUGAAGAAACCAGUCAACAUCACCUAUCCGGAGAAGAAACCAGUCAACAUCACCUCUCCGGUGAAGAAACCAGUCAACAUCACCUCUCCGGUGAAGAAACCAGUCAACAUCACCUCUCCGGUGAAGAAACCAGUCAACAUCACCUCUCCGUCGAAGAAACCAGUCAACAUCACCUCUCCGGUGAAGAAACCAGUCAACAUCACCUAUCCGGAGAAGAAACCAGUCAACAUCACCUCUCCGGUGAAGAAACCAGUCAACAUCACCUAUCCGGAGAAGAAACCAGUCAACAUCACCUCUCCGGUGAAGAAACCAGUCAACAUCACCUCUCCGGUGAAGAAACCAGUCAACAUCACCUCUCCGGUGAAGAAACCAGUCAACAUCACCUCUCCGGUGAAGAAACCAGUCGAAGAAACCAUCAACAUCACCUCUCCGGUGAAGAAACCAGUCAACAUCACCUCUGCAGUAAAGAAACCAGUCAACAUCACCUCUGCAGUAAAGAAACCAGUCAACAUCACCUAUUCGGUAACGAAACCAGUCAACAUCACCUCUCCGGUGAAGAAACCAGUCAACAUCACCUCUGCAGUAAAGAAACCAGUCAACAUCAACUGUUCGUAG